AUGUCGUUGUCUUCUAUACCAAACACUGGUGUUGCCAUCACCAAUCCUCUGGUCUUGUACCGAGCCCUGCUCGCAACCAAUCGUAUAACUCAGGACCCUGCACAACAUAGACUUGACUAUGAACCAACCAUUGAAUACAAGCACAAACUCGAUCAGAUAACCCGCGCCGUGGGUCCUUCAGUAAACACAAAUGUAGAACCAGAUCCACAGAAACGAGGAGUCUGGCAAAAUCUCAUUGCUCAAAGAGAGAAACGAGACAGUCUAGCUCUGACCAAAGUCCUCACUAGCCAUGAAGCCGCCAUGAACCUCGACUCGCCUCGAGGCCUCAUGCUUCAUGGUGAAGUAGGCACAGGCAAAAGUAUGCUCAUCGAUCUCUUCGCCGACUGUCUACCAAACAGGAAGAAGGCUCGCUGGCACUUCAACACAUUCAUGCUCGAUACCUUUGCCAAACUGGAGCAGCUGAGGCGGAACCGAUUGACUAGAUUGCCCCAAGCGGCUGGUGCUGAUGUGGAAGAGCAUUCACUACUCUGGCUCGCUCGUGAUAUGAUCAAUACUUCACCCAUUCUCUUUCUCGACGAAUUCCAACUACCAGAUAGGGCCGCUUCGAAGAUCAUGACCAACUUGAUGACUUCAUUCUUUCAGCUUGGUGGUGUGCUCAUCGCAACAAGCAACCGAAUGCCUGAAGAACUGCACAAAGCUGCUGGUAUGGCUUUCCCACCUCCUUCACGCUUACAGAGCUUGACUCAGAGACUGGGCAUGGGAAGAGCUACCAAAGGCAGAAGUGAAAACAUGUUUGCUGGUCAGGGUGAAUUUGCUGGCUUCCUCGAGGUACUCAAGGCUCGUUGCGAGAUUUGGGAGAUGAGCAACGGCAAAGACUAUCGCAGAUACGAAGCCAGCUCUCAGGCACCUCCUCCUAUUGCUGAGGAAGAUCGAUUUGAAGAUGUUACAGAUGCGGAAGCGUUUGAAAGUGAUUCUGCUAUAUCUGGCAUCCCAGAGGAAAUCGCAAAGCAAGAGCCAGAGACGCCAAACGAAGCCAUAAGAGCUCCCACCUACUUCUUGAUAAACCCAGGCCCAACAGCUUCAGAACAAGACCAAACAACCUUCAAAGCCAAAGUCGCAGAAGCCGAACAAACUCUCCUAGGCACAGCAGCCUCUUCAAUCGAAUGGACAACUUCCAGCAUACGCGUCUAUGGCCGCAACAUCCCCAUCCCACGAUCCCACAACGGCAUAUCCUCCUGGACCUUCUCCGAACUCUGUGCCUCCAAUCUAGGUCCCGCCGACUACAUCACCCUCGCCUCCACCUACCACACCAUCAUCCUCUCUGACGUGCCCAUCCUCUCUCUGCUCCAAAAGAACGAAGCCCGCCGCUUUAUAACUCUCCUCGACGCCCUCUACGAAGCCCGCUGCAAACUCCUCAUCACCCACGCCUCCGCCGGCCCCGACGAAAUCUUCUUUCCCGAGAAGAAGGAUGGCGAAGGAGUAAACCAAGACGCCGUCUACGCCGAAACCUUUGCAGAAGCAUACCAAGACGCCACCGCCCCUUUUCGCCCCAACAUCCUCUCUUCCAACCCCGAUUACCGCGAAUCCGCCCCUGAACCUGACUACACCCACUCACGCUUUGAGAACCUCCUCGCUGCAGACUCCCUAGAAGACGAUCCACCAAACCGCAUCAGACGUAUUUCAGAACGUGAACACGGUCCCAAAGACCCAGACGACGAUUUCAGAAUGCGAGGACUGCGCCAAGGAAACUCUCCCGAUUUCAGCAAUGUGAGGAGUUUCACAGGUGAAGACGAACGCUUUGCUUACCGGCGCGCUCAAUCGCGACUCUGGGAGAUGUGUGGCAGAAAAUGGUGGCAAAGGACAGAAGAAGGAUGGCAUAAACCUUUACCUCUAUCCAUUCGGUCUUGGGAGGUUGGUGCUCCUUCGCUGACCCCCACUGCGCAGGGAUCAGCUGCAUUCACAGAAGGAGUGGCAGGGGAUGCGAGGAUGGGAGCUUCAAGAGGUGUAGAUGAAGUCAAUGAUGAAGUCCUGUUCAGACAUGGAGCAAGCCCUUUCAGAAGAUCUGAAGAGCCACCGCCAAAGUUUUCUUGGACGCAUAUCUGGGGCACGAUGAAAUGGGGCAAGAAGGCCGGUGCCUGGGGCCAAGGUGUUGAAGGACUAAAAGACAGGAAGAAAGAAAGCAAGUAG